CAUGUUUAUAUAGCUGUAUAUAUAUAUAUAUGGUGUUCGGAAGUGUACGUGUCUUUGGAAAUAUUUCCUGCUUUACGAAAUAAUAUUUGCUGAAGUAGAAAUUUAUACAAAUAUUAUUCAGUCUAGAGAGUCAGUAGUAACUUUUCAUUCAGGGAAAACACAAGCAAUUUUCAGCUUGUGGAUUCCCAAAGUAUUAACUUGUGCUUCCGUUGGUCAGCUAUCUCGCCUAUUUCAACACGACGCCUUUACUUCGUCGCUACCCAGAUUUCAUGUCGCUACUCCGUGCUUACAAACAGCUCUUUUAUCUCUCUCGUCCUUUCUCACUGAUGGGACGAUAUCAGCGUAUUCUAUUGCUACUACAGUCGAAAGGAAUUUCAGAGCUUCCUGAAAACAAAAUAAUUCCUUCAUCUUUGAAAAGAGACUAUUUUUAAAAAGGACGUAACCAUAACAAGCAUACAAGAUUGGUGUCCCCGCCUACUUUUUGGCUGGCAAGCAAGCAGUUUAUAUAUCAAGCAGGCUAUGGGCGCAACACUGCUUCAAGUCGAGACCUUCGCAGAGAAAAAUAGCAAACCAGCCAGAGUUUUGAUUGUCGUGAAGUCUUCGAUAUUGUGUCUGUAGACACCAGGAACGGUUUUUCUUCCACUCUUUGUUGUUAUUAUUAAAAAAAUUUUUAAAUACAAAAGAAAAGAAAGGAAAACGACACAAUUAUUUUCUGUUCGUCCUUGACAUUAAUCAACUUCGAGGAUUUUGUUGUUAAUCAAAAAUAGUAUUGUACAAAUCUUCCGAUCGUAAUAUCAAGGUCGACCUCUUCAAUAUCCGAAAAACUGUUUACUUAGCAAGAAAUAAAAGAGAAAAUCAUUUUAAGGACAUCAUUUAACUUCCUAUUCAAGGCUACUGCUAGUGAUUUCUCCUGCGGCUGCGUUUAGGACUCCAUUCUCUCUAUGAUAUUCCACGGUCACAGGUUAGAUAACUCUGAAUAUCACAUGACCUGUAAGCCUCUACCCAGAUUAUAUAAGUGGCUCUAUUUUACAGUGCUUUGAACUAGUAUGACUUUGAUUGUUCGUUUAUAACAUACUAAAGAUCAUCACCAAAGAAUCCCUUUGCCAAGAUGCCAUUGUAUGAGAGUGAAAGCAAUUUUUUCCUGUUUCCAAUAACUGAUAUCUCCGAUUCUGAAUCUGAUAAUGAAAACAGCAACAAUGUUCAGAGAAAGAUUGAUGAUCGUCCAAAGGCUCUUAUGUCAUUACGACAGCGAAGGCUAUCGAAGGCUAAUGGCACCCUCAAUCUUAAUUAUUUGAAGGUGAAAGCUGCUCCUGAGAAAUAUCGGAGUAAAGCUCAACGCCACUGGUUCACUGCUUUUCAAAAGAUCAAGAACCUCACUGAUCCUUGGGCUAAAUUCCACCUGGAAGAUCUCAAAAUUGAGAAUGUUACAAGAUAUCGGUACAAUGCAUUGAAGAAAAGAUGGUCUGAUGAUGUUGUGCAAGUGAAAGCUGAUAAUAAGUCAUUCAAUCGAGGUGCUAUGAGACAGUGUUUCCGACUGAAGAAGCUCUCCAAUUUUACUCAUCAUGGUGACUGGAAACAUGCUCAGAACUAUGUUGCAAAGCGUUAUUUGGAAGAUGUUGACAGGAGUGUUUAUUUUGAAGAUGUCAAACUGCAAAUGGAUGCUAAAUUAUGGGGAGAGGAAUAUAACAGGCAUAAUCCACCAAAAAAAGUAGACAUCUUCCAGAUGUAUGUUCUUGAGUUUCAUGAACGUGAGGGAAACCCUCUCUAUCAUCUUGAGCAUUUCAUCGAAGGUGAUUACAUCAAAUAUAAUUCAAAUUCGGGAUAUGUUGUUGAAGACUUACGUUCCACCCCACAGGCUUUCAGUCAUUUUACAUUUGAGCGUUCUGGCCAUGAAAUGAUUGUGGUUGAUAUUCAGGGUGUUGGAGACCUUUAUACUGAUCCUCAAAUACAUACAGCUGAUGGCAGUGAAUAUGGUGAUGGCAAUUUGGGUACAAAGGGAAUGGCACUGUUUUUUCAUUCACACCGCUGCAAUUCAAUAUGCAAAUCUCUGAAACUUUCACCAUUUGAUUUGUCAUCUGAGGAGAAAAGAAUUCAAAAUCUGCCUGUCCAUAUUAUGACUGAGUCUCCCAUGACUGUUGUUCGUGGUACUGAAGAGUCAGUAAUAUGUGGAUCACCUGCUGAAAUCCAUGAUUUCUUCAGUUCGGGCAUGCAUUCUCCUUUGAGCAGUAAUGGAAGGCAUUCUCCUUUCUUCAGCAAUGAAAGACAUUCUCCUUUGUCCAGCAAUGAAAGACAUUCUCCUUUGUCCAGCAAUGAAAGACAUUCUCCUUUGAACAGCAGUUUAAGUAAUGAUGAAGAGCCAAUGUCUUUUGGUAGUCCAAUUCCAUGUUUCAGAGUUUCACGGAUGCGUUAUUUUAGUGAAUCUGAAAAUUCUAUGACAGAGGAGGAAGAAAGAAUUGCUUUUAAUGAAAUUGCUGGUAGAAAUCAUCGUCCUUCAUGUGUAAAUGGUAAAAUAAGCCUUGAAAAAUGCAACAGUUAUUAUGAAGAAUCUUGGCACAUUCUUGGAAUGAUUCACCAUGAAAUUGCUAAAUACUAUGAACUGGGAAGAUUUAAGAAAGAUGCUAAUUCUCCAAUUGACUGGGAGUCUGCUAUGUAUCAUGAAAGACAUGCAGCACAACUGGGCAACCUGGAAGCUAUUUCCUCUUUGGCCAGGAUCUACCUUGGUCUCCAGAGGGAUAUUUUAGUUGACUGUCCUAUGAGUGUUGACUUAGACAAAGGUGUUGAUUAUAUGAGCAAUGCUGCUGAAAGAGGAGAUCGUGAUGCUGUAUUGUACAUGGCAAAAGCUUAUGAGACUGGAAAUAAUCUGGGAUCUUACAGAACCAAGUCAUGGGAAAAAGCAAUAGACUGGUAUGAUAAAGCCAUCCACAGUUUAAUGAAUGAUACUUCUGAAUUGUUUAAUUCUACUAUGCAUAGCCCUUUGCAUUUGUUACUUGCUGCACAAGCAAACAUCUACAACAUUGGUGGUUUUGGUGUUGAGAAAGACCCUCAGAAAGCAGGGGACUUAUACACUGAAGCAGCUGAUGCGGCAACAGAAGCAAUGAAUGGUAGAAUGGCUUGUCAUUAUUAUGCUUUGGCUGAAGAAGCUUGGAGCCAGUUGGAGGAGGAGGAAGAAGAGUAGAAGAUUAAUUAUACAAACUUCUAGUUUAUUUUUAUUUUUUUUAAAAUUUAUUUUCUUCCUAGUUUUGAAAAUAACUGCACUAAUAACAACUGGAAAAGAAUCAGAAAAAAGUAAACUGUUGAUGUAACUGUAUAUUUUGUAAAAAAGAAAAGAAAGGCAUCUUUGCUGUUAUUGAGUUAUUUCAUUUAUAUUUGUUUUAUAUAUAGAUUUUUACUUGAAUUUUCUUUGAAAUUUUUACUAUUUUCAUUUUGUAAAUUUUCUUUUUUAAUUUUGUAAGAAGUAGUAGAAAAAGAAAUGAUUGCAAUGAUCUCAAUAUGCAUUUCAAUCAUAUAUAUAUAUAUAUAUUAAUAAAUGAUAGGGUAGCAAAAAAAAUUUUAGAAAUUUUAUUUACCACCAGUGGUCUAGCGUGAGUAAAAAAACAGUCAAUAGACUAUGUACUAUUCAUUUAAAAUGCAAUUUUUGUGGUAUGUAGUCUUUUGCUGCUAUUUCUAGCGAGUAGAUGUCCUAUUAUAGGCAUCUCUGCAUGUUAAAAGAAAUAUAUAUAUAUAUAUAUAUAUAUAUAUAUAUAUAUUACAGUUUGAAUACUCUUGAAGUUUUAGCUUCAAUUGUACCCAGUUAAAUCAGUGUUCUACAUGUAGAUUUUUAAAACUUCUAUCUGUAUUUAUAUAUUUUUAAAAAUUAUUUUAUGUUUAUUUUUCAAUUCAUGUUCUGUUUUUCUAAUUAGGAAACCUCAGAGUACUGUAAGGGUGGGUGUCAAAAUAUAGAGUAAAACUAUUAUGUAAUAAUUUUUUUAAGUAUAGAAAUUGUUUCAUAAGUCAUAUAUACAGUGUUUACCAUAAUAAAAUUAUAAUUGUCAGAGCUGACUUUUGAAACUAUAGUAGGGGUAGUGACCAAUCUACCCUGUAGAAAGGGUAAAAAAAAUUUUUUGCUGUAGGAGUAGCUGUGUGUUGCUAAAAAUGUUAUUGGGAACACUGUAACACGUUACAAAUAUAUUUUGCUUAUUUUUUAGUUUUUUUCUUUCUCUUGACCAAUUAGUUGUAUUUUAUUUUUAGAUUAUUGAUGAGUUCAUUAGCUAUUUUUUUUUUUCUUUUUUUAUUGAAAUGUGGAAUUUGUAAAUUUCUAUCUAGUCUUUUAUUGUUUUUCGUACAUUAUCUGUGGGUACUCUAUUAACAUUAACCUGAAAGGAAAUUCUCUGAUUAUAUGCCAAGAAGAAUUGCUUUGUCAAAUAUACCAUUCUAAUUUCCUAAAAAUUACUUAGUGACACAGUCGACAGUUCACAAUUAAAGUUGGAAGUAAACAGUUAAUAUUGCACUGUAAAUCAGAAAUUUUAAGAGGCUUAAAACAAUGGCUGGUGAAGAUUCAGACUAUUUUCUGAAAUAGAAUGGGAUUUGCUUAUAUAAGUAAUGGUUGAUGGAAACUUUUAGAAUUGGUAUAUUGUAUUAGAUAUAGUAAUAUAAUAUCUUCAUUGUGAAAUUCUGUUUCCCUUUGCAUUGUUUUCAUGUAUAAUAAAUGUUUAUUACUGUAAAUCAGUAAAAAAAAAAUGGUCAUAAUAAUUAAAUUUAUGGCAGCAUUCAGGAGGGCAAAUUUAGUCUCACACACUGUGUUAAAACAUUUCAGUCUGUUAAAGACAUCUAUCCAUCUAUAUAUAUAU